AUGCAGUGUGUUUCCGGUCGGUUUCGCGUGAGAAUCAUCGGCCAUGGAAUUGUGCGGCGCGACGAUGCAGGAGUGGGCGGAGAGGAUCUUCGUGUUUAUGAGUUGAGAAUGGCUACGAACACAUCACCGACGUCCUCGGAGGAUGCAUCUCAACCCAAUCCUGGGACAAGAGAGCAACCCAUUGUCAAGGAUGCAGCCGUUCCAGCAGUCGCCGCUUCGACAGUGAUGGAGGAGGCCGGUACGACUGAAAACGAGCCAGAGAAACGUUCGCUGUGGAUUGCAUGGCUCUACAUGUUUGACUGGUACCCAUCGCAUCUCUCUAAAGAAGAGAAAAAGUUUUUGCGGAAACUAGACGCCUUUCUGCUCACUUUCACGUCACUCGCCUUCUUCCUGAAGUGGCUCGAUUCUUCCAACAUCAAUAGUGCGUACGUUUCGGGAAUGAAAGAGGAACUGAAGCUUUUUGGAAAUGAGUACUCCAUGUUUCAGACAUUCUACAACAUCGGUUACAUCAUUUGCCAAGUGCCUGCGAUGCUACUUCUCUCCCGACCAAAAUACUCGAGAUACUUUCUGCCAACGAUGGAGGUUCUUUGGAGUAUCUUGACCUUUGCGCAAUGCAAACUCCAAAACGCUCCUCAAAUUUACGGAACCAGAUUCCUUCUCGGAGUCUUGGAGACGCCAGUCGCGUCGGGAUCUUUGUUCAUUCUUUCGUCUUGGUAUAAACCCGAUGAGCUAUUCAAACGCGCCGGGUUGUGGUAUGUAUCUAACAAUAUCGGUGUCAUGUUCGGCGGGUACCUGCAAGCAGCUGCUUACAAAAACUUGAACGGUGUCCACGGUAUGGCGGGAUGGCGCUGGCUUUUCAUCAUCGACGGUUGCAUUAGUCUCCCUAUCGCCCUUAUGGGAUACUUUAUUUUCCCCGGAAUGCCGACUAGCGGAAAGCCGUGGUGGCUCACUCAACGAGAACACGAAAUUGGCCAGCGUAGAAUGCGAGAAGCAGGUGUGGAGGAGCCCAAGAAGAUCACUACUCAAAUGCUUCGGCGGCUUUUCUGCCACUGGCAUUGGUACGUCGGCGUUCUGGCAUACGUCUUGUUCUUGUCCGGAGCAUACCCUCAUGGACAGAUGGCACUCUGGUUGAAAGAUCAGGCAGACAAAUGGGGUAUUUACACGAUUCCGCAGAUCAACACUAUCCCUACUGGCGCACAAGGAGUCUCCGUUGUGGCAGCGGUUUUGGCCACUUCCCUGUGCAUGGUUUACCCAACAUGGAUCAUUUUCCAGAUCGUGAUGGCUAUUUUCAUGUUCGCCAACAUUGUACAGAUGGUUUGGUUUGUGCCUCAUGGUCUGCAUUUUGUGUCUUACUAUCUCUUCGGAGUCAGCGCCGCCGUAACACCUAUUCUGGUGCCAACGGUAAACUACUGGAUGAAAGACUCAGCCGAGGCACGUGCAUUCUGUACUGGAAGUAUGCUGACCCUCGGAUUCGCAAUUUCUUCGUUUUACCCCUUGGUGGUCUUCCCAGUUGUAGAAGCUCCGCGGUGGAAGAAAGGAUACAUUGUCAACUUCUUUUUCAUCUUGGGAUGCUGGGCUGCCCUUACUCUGGGUUUCUUCCUACAUGGAAAGGAGGAGAAACGCAAGAAGGAUCUAGCUCUGUUGGACGAAGAGAACUUGAAGGGCGAGGAUGUCAAGCACACAAUCAUCCCUUCAAGCUUUGCCAAUAUGCCACCCCUGCCAGGAUUCUCCGACAACCCCCUUCAGACCCGAUCUGAUCUGAUCCGGGCGACCCUUGCUCUCCUUCGACCUCUUGUGCCACACUUCUCCCCGUCCAAAGGUCGGAUCCGAGUCCCAGUCUCCACGGCGACCCAUUUUGACGAGACAGCCGCCCAGCUUGAGGGAUUCGCUCGACCUCUAUGGGCCGUGGGAGCACUACUUCUAGGUGCUAAUUCCACUUCGGAUCUACAAUUACGCAACGCCAUUGAUGAAGUUGUGCAGCCAUGGAUUGACGGGUUCGUCUCAGGGACGGACCCUGAACAUCCGGAGUACUGGGGAAAAAUCAACAACACAGAUCAGCGAAUGGUCGAGGCCGAGAUUGUGGCAUUUGCGUUACUCUCCGCUCCUGAAAGGAUUUUUAACCCUUUGAGUGAUAAGGCCAAGGCAAAUAUUACAAACUGGCUUCGCACCCUGAACGGAAUGGAGAUGCCCAAAAACAACUGGCGAUGGUUCCGAGUUUUCGGUAAUCUGGCGUUAUCCAAAGUCUGUGGUGUUCCAUUUGAAGACAUCCAGAAGGAGAUAAACUCAGAUUUAGAGCUCCUGGACACGUUUUACCGACUAGAUGGCUGGUCGGCAGAUGGACCCUGGCAGACAGUUGAGCAGGCUCAGGAAGAGUUUGACCAGUAUGAAAAGACUGGCAGACGCGACGCCGUAGGCGUUGGACGUCAGGCAGACUACUACUCGGGUAGCUUUGCCAUUCAGUUUAGUCAAUUACUCUAUUCCCGCUUCGCCGCCGAUGUCGACCCCGAAAGGGCUGAGAAAUACCGCCAACGGGCCAGAGAUUUUGGGGCAACUUUUUGGAGGUACUUUGAUGCUGAAGGCUCCGCGAUUCCGUUUGGCAGAUCACUCACCUACCGUUUUGCCUGUGGUGGCUAUUUCGCCGCGCUGGCCCUUGCCAAAGUUGAUAAUCUGCCAGAACCAAUCAACUCUCCAGGAGCUGUAAAAGGGUUUCUGUUGAGGCACCUAAGGUGGUGGGCUAAGAAGUCUGAAGACAUCUUCUACCCAGACGGCACACUCAACAUUGGCUGGCUAUACCCGAACAUGUACAUGUGCGAAGAUUAUAACUCUCCACAAUCGCCAUACUGGUGUUUAAAGACAUUGAUUGCAGUUGGUCUUGCCGAAGACGAUCCAUUUUGGACCGCCGACGAAGCCUCAUACCCGCAACCCCAACCCUCAGAUUCUGUCACUGUUGUUCCGGGACCACAGCAGAUUCUCUGCAAUCAUCCGAGUAGCAACCACCAUUUCCUUCUAUCGCCAGGCCAAUUCGUCGCAUGGCCUAUGAAAGCAAACCAAGCUAAAUACUGCAAGUUCGCCUACUCUUCAGCCUUUUCUUUCUCUGUGCCUACUGGCCCGUUGAUUCAGCAAAUUGCACCUGAUAACGCCCUUGCCCUGAGCAGAGAUGGCGGCGAGACUUGGGCUGUCAGGUGGAAGUCAGAGGAAGUAGAGUUUGCAACUGCCCAUGUAAGAGGGCCAUCCGGUUCAGAGGAGGUGGCAGUGGCCAGCGCUAAAUGGUAUCCUUGGGGAGACCGGGCUGUCAGUGUGAAGACAACUCUCGUGCCACCCACAAACAGGUGGCCGGACUGGCAUUUGCGAAUUCACCGGAUCGAGAUUCAUGAGAAGCUCAAGACAUUCCACACGGUGGAAGGCGGGUUUGCCAUCUCUGGUCGUAAGAGAGCCGACGGGAUGCCCCUCACUGUGCUCAAGGACAAACCAGAAAAUGCGUUUCUGGGUGAAACUGAGGCGGUUGUUAUUGGGCCGUCUUCUGUUCUGAUUCUUUCCUCAGCUGGGGCCAGUGGAAUCGUUACAAGGGGUUUGAAGGGCGAUCGACAAACGUCAGAGUGCUUGCCUUUGAAGCCAGAUUCCAACACGAACUUGACCAGUCAACGAACCCUGAUUCCGGUUUCCUCGCAUAGCAUUAUUGGUGGCAUUGAAGCUGGAUCUGAGUUUAUUUUGGUUGAGUCCAUCUUUGCCAUUUCUUCGGAAGCCAACCGCGGUCAAAGUCUAUCACAAAAGGGGCUUAUGGAGCGCUGGCUAGAUGUACCGGCUAUCCAACUCAGAUCGAACUCAGCGAUUGUCGAUGCGGCAGACACAAUAGUAAUUAAUUAG